GAACCCAUGGCUAUGCUUGGACUUCGCGCAGGGCUGCGACUUGGUUUCCGAAGUCACAAACGGUCUCGAAUUUUCAGACUGUGUCACUCUCGUAGCUGUUCUGUAUUUUAUCAUGGGUCAAGUCGCUGUGCAUCUAUUAGAGCUCCCAGGAGUGGGGCCUCCGGCGGUGUUCUGCGGGUUUUCCCCAGCUGCCUAUCUGACUCGUGACUCACGCUAGCGGCGGCGGGCGGCGGGCGGACACUGCGCAGCAGCCAGUCGAGGGACGGACGCGCCGUCGGCAGGAACACCGCUAUAACCAGUUUUAAAGUGAGAGUUAUCUACCGCCAUCGUAGUAACUAGUAGACCAGCGUCACCAUCGUUGGGAGGAUGACUGGUGGCAAGCAACCAAGACCAAGAGACGCCGGGAAAAUGACGCAUGAGGACGCGUCACCUGUGGGAUCGGACGCCUCCAAUAAACCAGCCCCGCAGCCGCCGGACAAAACAUCUGUCCGUCAGUCUGGCCCGCAGGAAACACCUGAGUCCAGGGGACUAGAAAAUCCACCUCACGUUUAUGCACGGGACUCCGGUGAAACAAAACAACAGCCAGUGCCCUCAGCACAGAAAACAGGAGCCGCGAAAGGAAGGAAGAACAAAACAAAAAAGAAGCGAAAGCAAGCCGCAGCUCAGAAGCAGGCAUUUCUCUCCGGAUUGGAGCAAAUGUCCUUAACUUUUGGCCCGGCCAACCUUCCUCUAGAUGAAGCAGAACAAGGAGCUGUAUCCUCAGAAGGUGGUUCGGCGGUACAAAUGAAAGUCGGAGAUACGAGCAAUGCUCGUUCGCAGAAAAUGCUUCAGGAGACGACAGAAAUGCAGAAAGACGUGAAGUCUAAGCUCUCAACAGAUGAUGGUUCAAACAUGGAUAUGGAACUCGGAGACGAGCCCUCGGUAGUACUGCCUGACAUGACGGACUGGGAGACUCUUCUAGAGGAAGAAGAGCCAUUGGAGGUCCCAAUAAAUCGAGCGGCAACGAUGUAUGUGGAAACGAGCCGUGCACUUAUCGCCGAAUCAGAUCUUGGAAAACGGAACGCCUGCAAACGAUCUGCAGAGAUCGAUGCUGCAGGAAAUGCAGAGAAGACUCGAUAUCCCAACAAAAAGGCAAAAGGACCGCAUAAAUUGUCUGCGGCGUUCCCUGAAAGACAGGACAGAGCUGUUGCUGGCUUGUCCCAACGGCUUCUCUCUCUAAGGGUAGGAGAGAGCGAAAACAACGAGACAAUGGAGGCUGUUCUUCUCCCACCAACAUCAGGAGAAAUGGAGUAUCUCUUCUGGAUCAGUCUGGAAAAGGGACUGCCUUAUCAUUUCUCUACGAAGAGCCUGCGCGCGAACCGAAUGAAUGGUAGAGUUCAUAUGACCAAUCCACAUACCCUUGUCAAGGACUGUUCGAUCAGCAUCAGCUACCCUCUUCUGUUCGGCAAGUUUACUGACGGAGAUUACCAGGCUGGGCCCGUUGUCAAAACUCUGGACGACAUGGUGCCGUUCCUUAAGAGGAAGGCCGAGCAAGCCAUCAAGAAGGCAAGAGGGUAUCUAAAAGAAGCCUACAUUAUCCGCAGCGAAGAGCUUUGUGAAAAGUCGAAGUCAUACAAGUCGCACUUGAACAUGGUACGCAUUGUUGGUGGUACGCUCAGCUACCUCGACGAGCUCGUGCAGUGGUUGGACCAGACGGACGCCGACCCGUGGGUUCCAUGGGACGAGCGGCCGAACGUCCCACGCUAGAGUAGCCGCGAAAUGCACAGAGGUGCAUUGCGCGGCAAGCUCCAUUGGAUAGCUCUCUUUUGAUUCACUGGGCGGUAGCGCUGCCUUCCUGGCAGUCGGAACCGUCAGGCACUGUCAGGCGUCAGCGCACGACGGGCAUUGCGUGUGUGUUACGCUGUAAUCCUUUUCGGAAGCUGUCAAUUCAGUGACUGAGCGGUAGACUAUUGUGACCGAGUGUUGCGGACCAACUAGCGUCACGGCUAAUCGGUGCGUUUUAGGCCACCAUUAUAUUGUACGUGAUGUGAACUCAAACACGAUUUAAAUCGACCCGUCGAAUCUGUAGGUACAGGGACCCGCAGUUGCUACUGUACACAUAUAUAACCAAUUUAGAGUUGUGCUAUUAUUUGCUAAGUUCUGGUCAGUGGAGAAAGGAAAUGUAGCGCAAAGUAUGGAGGAAUAAGUCAUGUUUGCUCCUAGGACGUAUGUUUUGUAUAAUUCCUCUUACCGCAACAGAUAUUCUUCCAAAA